CACGGUGAUAUAUUCACCCGAUGCAACGAAAAUUGCAACGGGUGGAGACGACGAGAAUGCAGUCAAAAUCUGGGAUGGCAAGACAGGCGAGUUGCUUAACACGCUCAAACAUGACUUUAUAGUUCGGAGCUUGGUCUGGACGUCGGACGGAAAGAAACUUAUAUCUGGUUCAUAUGAUCCAAUUAGGAUAUACGACACAGCCACCUGGCAGGAGAUUGCCAAUCUGGGAGGUCGCACACUCUUGGUCAACGCCAUCACUUUGUCUCAGAACGACCGCCUUCUAUGUGCAUCAGACCAUAAAACAGUGCGUCUAUGGAACAUCGACACAAAUUUGCAAUGACUAGUUGCCAAAACAAAAAUGUGUACACAUGGGACAUUCACGCCAUCCUAAAAGAAGCUGGCCUUGAAGACCUCCUCCAACCUUUAUCUGAUGUCCCAGCUGGAAAGUCGGUGAUGAACAUCGAUGCUACCCGGAACCCACAUAUCCAGGUCCGUCG